UGUCAUUCAUUCAUUUAGGUUAUCUUUUUUUUGCAAACAUUCAUAGUAAGUGUUAAUUUAUACCAGAAGCGAUACAAUUAAUUUGUAUGCUUGUUGCAAAGAAAUUGUAUUCCAAGUUGUUAGCACAUCAUCUGCAUCUUUCGGCUCUGGCUACAAAUCCAGCGUGCAGUGACUCAACAGCAUUGAACGAAUCGUCUUUAAUUGCAAAUUCCCCAAAAAAUAUGGAUGAUGAUAAAUUCAAAUACGAAUCUGGUGCAAGUUCUAUUGCUUUUGUUACCGCGCCUGAUAAUGAAAUAGCAAAAAAAUUAGCUAAAGGAUUGGUAGAAGAAAAAUUAGCCGCUUGUGUGAAUAUAAUUCCAAACAUACAAUCAGUGUAUAUGUGGGAGGGCAAACUUAAUGAGGACAAUGAGUAUUUGAUGAUAAUCAAAACGGGAACAAGCCGUGUAAUGGAAUUAACAAAGUGGGUGCGUGAUAAUCAUCCGUACAGUGUCGCAGAAGUUAUUACGCUUCCAAUUGAAAAUGGAAAUUUGCCGUAUAUGAAAUGGUUAUCAGAAUCUGUGUCACCCAAAAAAUAAUAUAAUAUAAAAGAUUGAACAUAAAUAGUUACAAUUCAAAGAUGAAAGAGAAGUAAAAUCCGCAUCACCAUAGACAAGUUACAUGUGGAUAUCACCAUUUUAACAAUUUAUUGCACUGUAAUGUAUUCUACAAAAUAUAGAAUAAACGUUUUCGUAAAAAUAUUUUAAA